GUCGCGAUACGCGGCCCGUCUCCGCUUUCAUAUAGUUGAUUUGACGAAAAAAAUAAAAAAUCGAUCAUAAAUGUGUCUAGGCGUGUAAAGGCGUGCGUAGUCACCUUUUCCUCCUAGGCUUGCGUGCUAGCUACAUACACACAACAUACAAAUGGAAUGCCUGCUUAUUUACGAAAUUCCAAUCUAUAUUUAGCCGUGCAUUAUCUAUAUUUACGCGCACAUGAGUUAUUUCCGAAAUGGCAGAUGUGAACGACUGAGAUAUACGCUGUGUCCACGAUGGCACUCGCUCGGAUCUCUCAGUUGCUAAUGCUGACGAUUAGGCAGGAAAACAACAAAGAAGCAGGAAGCAUAUGGGCACACCGGCGAGGCGGUGUGAGAUCACGCAGCAAUUAGUUGUAACAGUUAAUUUAAAGUCAAAGCAUCCUGUAAAAAUACGGAUUUGAUGCUUUGUCCCAAUAAUCCCUGCCUGUGUCUGUCCUGUCUUUUUAAAGGAAGGAAUAUAAGCAACGUCAAUCACAUGAUGGGUAAGGGGUUGUUGCAAAGGACAGAGAAGGAUGUCGGAGUAUCUGGGAUACCUAUACAGAGGGCCAGAUGGCAAUUUGAUGCGGUUUAAGAAAAGAAAAUCACGGUUCACAUUCCAAGAGGUUGAGCUGCUGCUGAGUGAGGUGAUGACAAAACGGCAUAUUCUAGUCGGAAAUCUGAGCAUUUCAAAGGACUUGAAAAACCGUACUUGGGCUUCUGUGACAGCAUGUAUCAACAAGAUCAGUGAGUGUCACCGAGAGGUCAUCGAAGUUAUCAAGAAAUGGGCAGACCUCAAGUGCGACACCAAGCGGAGGGUGGUGGCCAUGAGGGCAUCAGGUGCCACGCCUGCCCAAAUUGCACAAGAGCUGUCGCCUGUAGAAACCAUGGUACACCAGAUCCUUCUGAUGUCUAACAAAAACACAAGCACUUUGGCAAAUUAUGAGCUAGUAGACGAAGACGACGAGGACUUUCCUGGUGUCUCUGAGAUACCACAUGGCUCCUCAGAAUUUGCAAAUGGCAGUCCUCAUUUGUUCAGUUUACCAAUGCCACCUCCUUUCCCCACAAGAAUCCCAAGCAAAGGAGAUAUGGAGCUAUCUACUAAUAUGAUGUUCAACAAUUCAGCAGUGCCUCUUAAGGAACUCCAAACUGACACAUUAGAAAAGGAAGAUGGUAACAUGCAGUUUAUUGGACCAAGCCAAGAAGAGCAGAAUGCCGCUGGUGUCCCUGAAUUCCGCAGCCGUCCCAGUGCUGAGAAAGGCCCAGUUCAAGAAAAACCUCAUCACAACACAUUUAAUGGCCCUUCAGCUGCCAGAGUUUGGACUUUUAUUCCACCUCCUGGGGCCUCAUCAUCACGUUCAGUUCCUACUCACCCCCGUCCCACCCCAGCUUCUCUGGAUCCAUGCAGGCUGCAGGAUCGUCUAACCCAGAGUGCCUCACUCAGCCUGCAAGAACAGCAGGCCACCACACAGCUGAUAGGGUCGCUGUCUCACUCACUUGAGUCACUUGCAGAAUCAGUGCAGAAAUUGGUCCACACCCAGCAGCAGUUUUCACGUGACACCUUACAACUUCAGCGUGACACACUCCAUAUCCUGCGUACCUUCUCCACCAACACUUUGAAUCUCCUGCAGGACAAGGUCAAUGGACAGCCAUAAAAUCUGAACAAUCAACAGAACUUUUCUGGCCACACUAUUGACAGCUAAUACUGGGAGCAAAUUAUAAAAAAGUGAAUGCAGUUCAUAGAGAAAAUUCAAUAUGAUGAGACAGUAAAAUGCAAUCUUUCUCUGAAACUUUUUUUUUUUUUUUUUUUUUUUUAAGUCAUAGAGCUACAGGACAGAAAGGACUGAGAAGAAUAUUUGUCUGUUUAUGAUGUAAUAAAUGAUAUACAUUAGGAGUUGGAAUAAAAAAGAGGCCUAAGUGCUGUAUGUUGUUUGUAGAGUUCCUUGUUGGUGCCAACUGAAUGUUUUCAGUAGAUCACUUCGACUGAUUUGGACCAAUUAUAUGCUAUUAUAUAGUCAUUUGAAAUGGGCAAAAAUGUAUUUAAAAAAUAACUAGUAAUUUAAAAGCAUUAUAUUUGUGGCCAAGGUUAUGAUAUUGCAAUAAAUUGGCUGUUGUUUAUUUAUGAUCUAUGAUUUAUAAUGAUUUAUGGAUUUCUUUAAUUAACUUUGCUAUUUGGGUGGUUCUCCAUAUUUAACCUUUAUAUCAAUGUCUGCAUUGCUCAGCAGACCCUACUGUAGACAUUUCAAUCUUUAGUUGAUGUCAUGUGUCUUUUUAUUUUUUGGGUUGUUUCUAUUAACUUGAAUUUCAAAGACUAAUUCUAGUGUUUUACUUUGCAUCCAGGUUGGAGUUAAGCUUUUGAAUUCUGACUAUUUUGAAGGCAUAUUAUCUAAGUGGUAGCUCCCAUAGGUCUGUUUUUAUAGUCUACCCGAAAUAAAGUCAACACACUGUUAAAAAUGUCUCCUGCUUUAAAACCCAGUUCAAAUCAUGACAAUAAACUAUAAUAUUACUCGAAGUCAUCCCUUUAUGAUUUAAGCCUUGUAUUAAGGCAACUCAAAGAGUUGAUAAGGUCAGAAGAAGCUGCCACCAUUAUGCAUUUUUGGUAAUGGCCGAGGAAAAAAGGUUGUGAUUGCUUAUUAGAUUGUGCGACUAAACAAUGUUUCCUCUUAUUUUGAUAUGUGAACAUGCCCCUAACUUCUUAAAGGAAAAUUCACAAUGUGUGCCAUCUGUAAUAUCCACUAAAUGUCAAUCUUGCACUUUGGUAUUUACAAGUGCAGAAAAGCAGAUUGUUGAAAAAUUUGCACUUCAAUAAACUUUAAA